AUGAAAGGUUGUCCAAUAGAGCCUUUAUUGGAAUCGUUAAGCUAUUUGUUACAAGAAUGGUUUGUGAAACAUAUAAAUGAUGCACGAGCAACCUUCACAAUACUCACCACCAAGCAAGAGAAAAAACUGAGAGAAAAUUCUGUGGAGUCAAAGAAAAUGAAGGUAUCAACUUCAAGUUCAAUAUUGUACCAUGUUAACGAUGGUUAUGCCUCAUAUUUGGUGAACAUGGAAGAAAGAACAUGCACAUGCAACUAUUUCCAAGUGGACAAGAUUCCAUGUGCACAUGCACUUGCGGUUAUUGCAAAGAUAAAGGAGGAUUCAUAUUCAUAUUGUUCCGUAUUUUAUACAACAAAUAUGUAUAUUCAAACAUAUAGUGCAUCAAUUUUUCCACUAGGAGAUCAUAAUGAGUGGAAUGUACCAGAUGAGGUAAGAGCAAGAAUAAUCUUGGCUCCUAACCCAAAAAGAAAAUCUGGACAACCUAAAGAAAAAAGAAUACCAUCUAAAGGAGAGAAAACUCAAAGCGCAAAAUGUGGAAGAUGUGGGAAUUAUGGUCACAAUCGUAGAUCAUGUCAAAAUCCGCCAAAGGUGAAAAGAAACCACAAAAGAAAAGGAAGUUAG